CUCUUAACCUUUUAUAGAUCUCGCCGGUUACCCUCUUCCGUUACAGUUCGCCGGUGAAGUGCAAUUCUAAUUUUCCGAUCAAGACUUCGUCGGAGCAGGAACACUGAAAAUACUUCGAUCGGUACCUAUAUAUAUCUUGCAGUUCUGAGUUGCUAAGUGAAUCCAUAUGAAAUGGCUUAUGAUAACUCCUCCACGCUUGAGCCCAAACGUUCCCAUCAAUGGUUCAUGGAUGGCGUCGAGCCUGAAUUGCUUCCCAACAAGAAGCAAGCCAUCGAAGUACCUAAUCACAGUUCGUUCUCUGGACUUUUAAGUUCCAAUAUUGCUCCCUGGAUGAACACUCCUGGUUUCCACUCAGUACCAGGUCAAUAUGCAGAAAGGCACUUUGACAAUGAAAGUGCAAGAUCGCUCAGCUUUGAUGACAACAGUGUUCCAUCCGUUGGCAUAGGCAACAUGAAUAUGGCUAGAAAGGUGAUGGAAGAUCCAUUUGGAAGUGAUUCCUCAUUUGGUUUAUCCAUAUCCCAUACACUAGAGGAUCCUAGAUUAGGUCUUAACUAUGGUGGUAUCAGAAAGGUCAAAGUCAGCCUGGUGAAGGAGGCUGAGAACUUCAUGCCUGUGUCAAUGGCUGAUACCUAUACCAGAGGCAUCAGCAAUGCAAUGCCAACAGAUCAUGCUUUUAGUAAGGCUGAGGAUAGUUGCAUAGCUAUGGGACUCUCUUUCAAUGGAAGUGAUGAUCAUAUGAUGUCAUUAGGUGACACAUUUAAUAGGGAAGACAACAGUUUCAUAUCCAUGGGUCAACCUUUUAACAAGGUUGAUGGCAAUGAACUAUCAGUGGGUCAUAGCUUCAAAGAGAGCAGCUCACUGUCAAUGAGUCACCCUUUUUGUAAAGAUGAAAGCAAUAUUACUAUGCUGAAUCAAAGUUUUAGCAGAGAGGAUGAUAGCACUAUAUCAGUGAGUCACUCAUUCAAUGACAAUAAUACUGCCAUAUCAAUGAGUCAGCAAUUCAGUAAUGAUGAUAGCAAUAUUACAUCAAUUGGCUGCUACAGCAAAGUCAAUGACAAUGCCAUAUCAGUGAGUCAGACCUAUAGCAAAGUUGAAAACAAUAAUUUGUCAAUGAGCCAAUCUUUUGGCAGGGGAGAAAGCAAUAUCAUAUCCUUUGGUGGAUUCAAUGACGAUGACGAUAUAAAUUCUUCUGGAAGGCUGAUUUGCAGUUAUGACUUAUUAAUGAGUCAGUCUUCAGGCCAACAAUCGGAUAUUGUGACUGGAAAGCGAUUGGUUGAGUCAAAUGCCGAUACAGUUACAAGUGUUGCUCAAAUGGCUGGCAGUAAGGAAUUUAAUUCUAAAAAGGAGGAGCAGAAAGCAACUAAAAAGCCUCCUUCAAACAGUUUCCCUUCAAAUGUGAGAAGCUUGCUCUCGACUGGUAUGUUAGAUGGAGUACCUGUCAAGUAUAUAGCUUGGUCCAGAGAGAAGGAGCUCCGUGGUAUUAUAAAAGGCUCUGGUUAUCUCUGUAGCUGUCAGUCAUGUAAUUUUUUCAAGGCAAUUAAUGCUUAUGAGUUUGAGCGACAUGCUGGUUGUAAGACAAAACACCCUAAUAAUCAUAUAUACUUUGAGAAUGGGAAGACAAUCUAUGGGAUUGUUCAGGAGCUCAGGAACACACCUCAGGAUUUAUUAUUUGAAGUUAUUCAGACAAUUACUGGAUCGUCCAUUAACCAAAAAUCAUUUCGCAUCUGGAAAGAAUCUUUUCUAGCUGCGACACGUGAACUUCAGCGUAUAUAUGGGAAGGAUGAGGUCAGACGACUGUCAUAAGAAGAAUCCAUAUGCAAGAAACUUCUAUGGUUGUGUACAUGAUAGAUUGACAACCAAGGUGCGUAGGUUGCCUGCUUAACGAAACUGUGUUUUCUCUUUUGCUAUUGGUCCUCAUAGUUGAUCACUCUAUUAUCGCCUUGAUCCUUGGUAAUAACUCUUGUCAAAUAGUUAUGGCUGUAAAUUAUAUAUUUACUUUGGUUCUAAAUUUUUGUUAACAGAUGUAUGUAAAUUAGUACAUAAGUUUUUUGCACGCGGGUUAAUUCGAUGAGAAUCUAUGUGUUAAAAAUUUCCCCUACUGAGUGGUGUGAGUUGGUAUCGUAGUUUUAUAGCUAGACCAUGGGUAUCCUAGUUCUCUGUUGAUUUAUUCUUUAGCUGCUCUCCCCAUUGGCAGUGUACCAAACUUGCCACUUCUGAAUUGAAUAUUCUUGUGGAUUUUAAAGUAUUAUAAAGUUUGAUACGUUGCUGUGGGCAAAAAUUUUGUGCCUAGGUUAGGCACAUGAAUA